AAGACGAGAAUCUAUAAGCUCUUCAACCUCUUCCACCUAUACUUUUACAUCAAGUCUAUCAAAUGAAACAAUUUCUGGACGUCAAUUGUCAACUGUUUGGGAGUUUUUUAUACGAGGAAGUACCAAAUCUCCUGGACACUUUUUUGCUAUAUGUAAAUUUUGUCAAGCUAAAUGGGCAAGAGGUGAACCAUUAAAACUUGAGGCACAUCUUGCAUUAAAUUGUUCUAAAAUGGAAGAUGAAGUUCAGCAGGUGUACUUGCUUUGUGUAGCUCAGCGUAAUGAUCUUGAUAAAGAAUUAAAAAAACGAAAAUUAAAUGAUGAACAAUCUAGUCUUACAAGAUUUUUUUUGUAUAGAUCAGAAGGUGGUUUAUCUGAAGGACAAAAGAAUUCUAUAGAUAAUUCUUUAUUAAAGGCUUUUGUAGUUUGUGGUAUUGCAUUUUCAGUAGUGGAAAAUUCAUUUUUUAUCGAUCUUUUUCAAAAUUUGUGUCCAGAUUAUCAACCACCAUCAAGUGAAACUUUGUCAGAAUGA